CCGCCCAGAGAUACUCACCCCCUCCCCGUCCCCUCGGGAUAGGGCUGCCGGGACGAGCGGAGACAAGGACGGGAAGGGUCGUGCCAGGCUCCCGAGAGCCGCCGGCGGAACGUCGUCGCUCGGCGGGCGGGGCCCGGGGGGUUUCUCCUUCUGGCUUUGUGGGCGUUGCUCUUGAAGAGGAUCCCAACGGCGAGCUGAUGAACAAAGACAUACGGAUCCAUAGCUGGCCUUGCUCUUACUACCUGGACACCACCAAACAAUGGGUCUCUGGCAGGCUCUCACUGACUCCUGUUGCCAUCAAAUUUACAGCUGACAAGACUGGGGAGCUUUUGGUUGACUUCCAUCUUUCUAGUAUCAGUGAGAUCAAGAAGGAAUCUUCUAAUCUGAUCUUCAGCUCCCUUACAGUCUUAGAGAGGAGCACCAAGCACUGGUUCAGUUCCCUGCAACCCAACAGAAAUGUGGUCUUCAACAUCCUUGAGCACUUCUGGAGGGAGCAGUUACUGUCAAGCCAAGGUGCAGGAGCAGAAGCAGCAUCUUUGCAGUCAACAAAGGGAAAAGAACUGACUGGAUUAUUGACUGGGUCCCAGAAACGACUGGAGGACACAGCAAAAGUGCUGCACUACCAGGGAGAGCAGUUUGAUAACAUCAUGAGAGGACUCAACAAGAUCGAAGGGGAUAUGGAUGUAGCAGACAGGUUGUUGACUGAGCUCGAAUCUCCUUCUUGGUGGCCCUUCAGCAGCAAGCUCUGGAAAGCGCCCUCGGAGAACAAGCCAAAGGAAACUGCCGCAGUUUCCGAUCCAAAGAACCAGGAAGGAAUCCUAAUUGGAAUUCCAGUUAUUAUCACCCACAGAACAGACUCAAAUGUCAAGCCAGGAAAACUCACUCUCUUUGCUUCUGGCCUGGAAAUCAGUGACUCCAGUGGUCAGGUCAUUCACCGCUUCGAGGCGAGGGAUGUGGAUGAUAUCAGGGUUCACACACCCUACGAGAUCAGCGUCCGGCAGAGGUUCAUUGGCAAACCCGACACCUCCUUCCGCCUCCUCUCAGCCAAGAUGCCAGAAGCAAUCCCCAUCUUGGAGAUGCAGUUUAGCAAGAAGAUACAGUUUUUGGAAGAUGCCCUAGGAUUUGUUGGUGCCACAAAGUCUCCUCAGGUGGAUUUGGGGACGUCUGUUUGGCAAGCAGCUACUGGACUCUUGGGAGGAGUGGUGCAGCCCAGCUCUCCUGUGGGAAGUAGAGAAGGGAUGGACAAUGACCAGGCUCAGCUGCAGAAGCAAGAGAAGAUCUCCCAGGAAGAAGCAAAAGAGCUUAAACAGAUCCUAAAGAAGCUGAAGGGCCUUGCCUUGGAGACAGAAGCUGAGCUGGAGAGGCAGGAUGAAGCUCUGGACUCCAUCACGAGCUCGGUGGAGCGCGCCACGCUGAGCGUGCACAAGCACAACCGCAGGAUCAAGAGGCUGACGUAGCGCCCCCAGGAGCAGGGGAAGAAGAGCACCAAGGAGCUGGUGGCUUUAUCAAGACUGUCUCUGUAGUAGACACUUUGCUUGCAUGGGAAGGGGUUUGCUGUAUUGUCUGGAAGAUGCUGCUGCUGUGGAGUUGCUGAGGGUUUUGAUUGCAGGCUCGGGUGACGUCUGGAGGCCGUUUUGGGAUGGAGAAGGCCAAAGCUUUUCACUGCACUGAAGCACUGAGGGGAGUCCUUUGCAGCAGAAAACCUGUACAUAUGGGAUGUGAUGUGGUAGAACCCAAACCAACUUUGAUGUGCCCUUUUAUGUUGCUGCUUUGGAAAGUUUUGGGUUGUUUGGUUUUGUUUCUUACUCCAGCGAAGAGGUGGAGGAGAAGUGCCCUGCACGUGAGACUGCUUUAGAUGAUUAGAGCCCAUUCAUUCUUCCUCAAGGUCUUUUCAUACAUUUAAUAGCCAAUCUGAGGACCAGAUGUCUGACUGCAAGUCACUGAGGGGUGUUUGUUUUGGUAGUUAAUGCUGAGGUGAGCAAAUGAUGGUGAUAAAACUCUCUGUUCCCAGAGCAAAUCGUUUCAAUAGGUUUCAGUCACAGAAAGGGGGGGCUGGAAGGGCCCUGCAGAGCUCAUCCAGCCCCAGCCCCUGCUAAAGCAGCUUCCUCUGGCUCAGGGGGCACAGGAACAUGUCCAGGUGGGGUUGGAAGCCUCCUGAGCAGGAGCCUCCUCAGCCUCCCUGGGCAGCCUGGGCCAGGCUCCCUCACCUCAGCACCAGAGAAGUUUCUCCUCCUGUGCCAAGGGCACUGCCUGUGUGCCAGCCUGUGCCUGUUACCCCUUGUCCUGCCACUGGGCACUGCAGAAAAAUUGUCCCCUCAUUCUCCUGACACCCACUCUUAAGAUAUUUAUAAGUUGAUGAGGUCCCACAUCAGCCUUCUUCAGGCUGAACAGCCCCAGGUCCUGCAGCCUUUCCUCAUAAGGAAGAUGCUCCAGUGCCCUCGUCUUGGUAGAUCUCUGUGGGCCUCUCUCCAGCAAUUCCCUGUCUCUCUGCAGCUGGGGAGCCCAGCACUGGGCACAGGGCUCCAGCUGAGGCCUCAGCAGGGCAGAGCAGAGGGGCAGCACAACCUCCCUGGCCCUGCUGCCCACAUUCUGCUGGAUGCCCCCAGGAUGCCAUUGAGAGCACGUUGCUGCUCAUGUUUAGUUUAUUGUCAGCCAGCACUGCCAGGUCCCUCUCCUGCAGCUGCUCUCCAGCAGGUGCCCCCCAGCCUGUGCUGGGGCAGGGGCUUGUUCCUCCCCAGCUGCAGGACUCUGCCCUUGCCCUGGAUGACCCUCAGCAGGUUCCUCUCCCAGCUCUGGAUGGGAUGCAGUGUCCUUACAGCACCAUGAGCAUAGGCUGCACUUAGUGUGGUCCCUGGGUACUGUCUGGGAUCUGUGCUGCCACGUCUCUGAUGGAUGUGAGUAGAUCUAUUGUUUGUCUCUCAGUGGGAAGCUCAGGAGCUGUGUAGAGCAUCCUGUGGUUUCUGUGUGUCUCCUCCAGCCUCACAAAAGGGAGAGGGGCCUGUGGCUGCUGCUGCAGAGCAUCUGCAUCACAUUUGGUAGUGGUGCUACAGCCAUCUGCCCCAUGGCUCUCCUUUAAUUGCACUUAGUGGUGAAGCAUUUCAAGGCUUCUUGGAGACCUGUGUCUCUAAAAUCAAAGGGAAUACUGUGAAUUUUUGCCUGAUGGGGGAUGUAGAGUUCACAGUUGGCUUCACUUUUCCUCUCCUAACUUAAGCUUGAGACUGUAUGGGAGGGACUCCAGGUCAUCCCUGUAUCUGUGGUGGCAGAGAGCUCCCAUUUCACCAGUCCCUACAGUUUACCAGCUGUUUGAGUUCCAAGUAGCUGUUGGAAAGUGUCUUUUGAAGUGUUUUUCUAAGAAAAAGUUCUUCUUGUAUUGCUUUCAAAUGCAGCCCUUUGGGUGUGAGGCUUUUCACCAGUGCAGCUUUCACCUGCUUAUCCCACUGACAUCUGGUGUGAAGUGGUCCUGUCUCAGCCUCCCUUUUAAAGAGGAGGCACAGUAAAUCACACAGAGCAUGGUGUUUUCAAGGUCUCACUCUGUUUUGUAUUUCUUCUUCAUAUGUGUUGGUUAGUUGUGGAGUGAAGGUACUUCUGCACUGCAAGCUCUUCAUUCCCAGUCCCAGCUGGUACUGGCAUGCACUUUACCUCCCCCUCCUCACUGAAUGUGCUGGUUUACAGACACUCACCCUAUGUACUGUGAAAUAAAACAUUAUCUGAG